UUAGGGUUCUUCGUCCUCCUCUCUGGGCGAAAUUUUAGGGUUUGACGAUGGCGCUCAAUCCGCAGCUCCAUCCAUCCGGGUUCCCGCUGCCGUUUGUGAACGAGGUUCUGGCGCUCGCCAGAGAUGGCGUGGAGUUCCAGGUCGAGAAGCUGCCAGAUGUUCCCAGUGGCAAGAUCGUCACCAAGGGGACGAUCUAUCUGUCCAAUAUUCGCCUCGUCUUCGUUGCGCGACAGCCAGUAGGGAAUUUCUUCGCGUUUGACAUGCCUCUGAUGUUUAUUCACGAAGAGAGCUUCAACCAGCCUAUCUUCUUUUGCAACAACUUAUCCGGGAAGGUCCAUCCUGUUAUUCAAGAGGGUGCCAAUCCCGCACUCUACGCUCCAUAUCCUUUCAAGAUUCUGUUCAAAGAAGGUGGUGUUGGAACUUUCAUUCCUAUUUUCUUCGGCCUGUUGCGAUCCAUCCGUGCUACUGAAUCCAUGCGUGCUGCUGCUCAAAAUCCCAUUCCAGAGACCCAGGCACCGGUGGACGACAUGAUACGCCAUGCAUAUAUCGAUCCAAACGAUCCCACAAGACUCUACCUCCAACAGCCUCUGGAGCCGGAAUCAGAACUUCGCAGGCGACACUACAACGCUCCCAUAGAACAACAGGUUUCUCAUUACUGAGAUCGGUGAUGAAAGUCUCGCUUGUAGAUAUUGCCAAAUAAUGUGAAUCUCACACUUGCUCGA